AAAAGGUUGUGUAUAAAAGAGGAAAGCUGCUGAGAUGCUGCAUCUUCAGAGAAGUUCUUCACCUGAGUUUCUUCAGCUGUCAGUCUCAGAGGUUGUUUCACCUUCAGGAGAAAAAAUGUCGAAUGACUACAAAGUGACCAUCUUCAUCGAAGGCAAUGUCUAUUCAUUGUCUUUGUACAAAUCCCUCAACAUCACUCUGAAAGGCACCAAAAACAAAAGUGAACCCACAUCAUACUCCAAUUGGAAUCUUCCUUUCUUUGGAAAAAAUGAGAUAAAAUUCACUGUGAAAUGCUCUGAUGACCUCGGACACCUAGUGAACAUAAAACUAGAUAAAUACUGGAGCUUUCCUUUCCAAAAACCAUGGUACCAUGAGAAGGUGGUAGUGGUAUCUAAAUUGGGAACUGUUUACACGUUUCCCAUCCACCACUCCAUCUCUGAAGACAAGGAGCACUUCUUCAGAGAGGGCAAAGCCAUGUUGCCACAGAAAGAGACGAUAACCGAAGUCAUUUCACUUCGUGAGAAGGAGCUAAACAACCAAAAGGAAAUCUAUGGCUGGAAGGCGUUUAUAGCCGGAAUGCCGCAUUGCCUGAAAGCUGAGGUUCUGCCUCUAGAUGAGACUUUCUCUCUUUACAAGGACGUGCAGCUUUUAAUUAAAUCUGCCUAUGGGUGA